GUUCGGAACAUGUAGCUAGCCAUCAGUCAACUGUCGCUGAGGCGUGAAGAGAACAAAAGCGCUCUUCGCGCAACAGGCAAGGAUCGAGCGGCGUUAUAAAAAGCAGGUGGAGAGAGGAGAGCCUAGCCUGCUGCUGGCUCGUUGCGGCUCCCUGCUGGGUACGUCACAAGGGCUCCGGUCAAACGUCACGCUCAGCCGAGGACGAAAAGGAUGUGUGUGCCUGCUGUGCGGUGUGCAGUGUCGCGUUGUUGUUAUAGAUGACCCGCUGAGCGCUGAGCCUUUGCCGUGCCACUGGGUCACUAUGUGCGGUCUGUUGCUCCGCGCUUGUGAGCUGCAGCAUUAAAACAUUGAGUGGUAUCGCAUAUCGUUGCCGGCUCUAAAUGGCAACCGCUGAACCUCGGUGCGGCGACAGUGAUGUCAGCUUCAGAAAAGACGGACGUUUCGACUGGCCCGCGGGCCAAUGGAUCGACAGGCUCGAAUUGCAAGUGCGAGCCCGCAGCCGUGAUCGUCAAGCCGUCGGUGCGGACGGCGUUCAAGCAGCGCAAGUACACGAUUCUCGACGGGCUGUGCGUGCUUUGUUCGGUGGGCAGCUUUCUGUUCGACACCGGCUCGGACAUCUGGGUUGCGUACCGACACUACAAGGACGGCAGUUAUUGGUAUUUUGGGUUGACAGUCGCCUUUAUCAUGGUGCCCGCAACGAUCAUGAUGGGCUUUAGCUUUAGGUGGUAUUUGCUAGAUCUCAAGCAGCACCAGAAGCACCCGUCCAAGCUUCAGUGGUUCGUGAGGACUGCCUUUCACUUGCUACAACUGGGACAAGUCGUCAGAUAUGUGGACGCUCUCAUCUAUGGCCUUAAGAGCGCCCGCAGCAAGUCGGAGCAGCGCGAAUUCUACAGACGGAGCGCGGAGGAAGACGUCGACGCCAGCAUGCUGCGCCUCUUUGAGUGCUUUAUGGAGGCCACGCCGCAGCUGAUUCUGCAGAUCUGCAUCCUUGCCAGGGACUAUCCGCAUCAGGAGGAAGACUUUUGGACAAUGGUGGCACAGAACGUGUCCAUCGUGACAUCCCUGGUGUCAGUGGCCUGGUCCCUGGCCUCGUACAACAAGUCGCUGCGGCUGGUCAUCGAGGACAAGGCGAACAUGCGGUGGCGCGGUGCGGCCGUCUACUUCCUCUGGCGCCUCUUUGUCAUCGUGCCUCGAGUGCUGGCCCUGGGGCUGUUCGCUUCUCUGUUCCCACUCUACAUGUUCCUCGUCUGCGGCUUUCGCUGGCUGAUCAUGUCUGCCUGGAUCAUCUCCAUGAAGACACAGUUCUACGAGAACAGGGUGGAGGAGCUUGUGUACAACCUGGUGCUCGGUGUGGUGUUCAUCUUCUGCUACCUAAACCCAGUGGACACUCCAACUCGGUUUCGCAUGUCUGCCUUCUACGUGGGCACCUUCAUUGAGAACAGCGUCCUGCUUGGUGUCUUCUAUGUAUACAGUCCACAGGACAUCUGGUACAAGGUUCCUGCAGUGCUCGGUGGAACGCUCUGCUUUUUUCUUGGCAUCACCUUCAUGGUGAUCUACUAUCUUCUCCUCCACCCUACGAGCAGCAUUCCGCUGGUGCUGCGCCGUAACCAGUGUCUUCCGGUACCACGAGUGCAGAUCCGCGAGGAGAUUCUCAAGGCCAGCGCGCUCGAGAAUGACAUGGCCAGCCACCUCGAAUCUCUCACCACACAGUCUCCGCCCAGUGAAGACGACUGCAGCUGCUCCUGCAAAACAGACAGUAGUGCACGAGACAGCCACAAUAAGGUUGACGUUUAACCAAGAGUGCCAAUUAGGCCAGGGCCACUGGUGGAAGGUUUGCGUUGCAGUGACCCAGCAGUCACUGAUAAGGUGGCUCUGCAUAUGGAAAGAUUUUUGAAGAGCUGUAUGGAGGAAGGAUUUCGCACAAUAUACUUGACUUGUCUGCUUUUUCAAAAUGGCACUACCACAUAGGCUCGCACAGACAGAGUUAGAUAACACCAGCAAGUACAAAACAAGCCAACUUCUGACUGGCUGUGUCUUUACACGGCUGAGCGGGAGUUGUUGCUUCAUUCACGAAAACGUGGCUUCUGUUUGCCUCCUAAAGUACUUCCAUUACACCUGUCUCUACAGUGUUCAGAACAUUUUCAUGAAUGUAACGAAAUUUUUCUUCAUUUUUCCAUAAUUGCCAGCCGAGGUUUGCACUUUGUUUUAUAUUUAAGACCAUAAAAAGCACAACAUUUCUUUCCUCUCCAGUUCCAUUUUUCAAGUUAACAUAUGCUCCACCAUCAGGCAACUAAGCUAUGUGGAGAAACCACCUUGUCAGUGACUUGUACCACUAAAACGUAAACAUGAUAACGUCAGAAGUGAAGUUGGGCUGCAGUGCGCGUGACAGUUAUCAAUGGGCACCUCAACAACCUCAACAUUGUAUGAAGCAGUCACCAAUGACAACGGCUGUCAAUUUAGUAGCGGGUGCAUUGAAUGGUUCCACUGGUCACCAUGCAGCAAACUCCUGUUGGUGACAGCCUUGUGCCACUGUAGUUCUUCGCUGCUGUCACUGCUUGGACCAGAGUUUCAGGCUGCACACAGUGUUUGAUGACGAUAGUGUCUGAGCUGGAGGAUGGUUGCCAUAUGUCUUUCUCUUAUGACCCCCUUGUACAGGCUGUCAUGUCGUGGGUCACACGUACAGCCUGCUGAGUUUUAAGUAAUAUAGUUUGAGUGUCAACCGCAUGGAAUGUCAGUGCCUUAUGACGGUGAGGAGCGGCGAGAUUGACAAUAGUGUAUGCAAGCAUACAAAGCACUCUCCAGCAUAAGCAUCGUCUGCUACGUUAUUUGCUUCAUGAGUGUACGUGUCCUAUUUUUGUUAUUCGUGAGCUCGCGUCAUUCACUGACAAACCUCAUAUGCACCAGUAACAGCCCCUUCACGUAUCUUUUUUUCUUUUAGUCCAUGGCACAUUCGUGGGUCUAGCAGUACGAAAGAAUAAUGGAAAAUGGAUUGCAGAUGACACAUCAUAGCCAUGGAGGUGCUUGUCUUCACACCGGAUCUUUUGUAAACAAAACUGCACAGAUAACCCUGGAACAUCAUGUGUCCUUCUAAAGCGAUAAAUGUAGCAGAAGAUGCUUGUACUAAAGUGUGCCUUGCACGCAUGUGCCUAGUAUCCCCACUCUCAACGCAUCUUGCCGUUAUAAGACGCUGUAUUGCUGAAUUUGCUGCCGCUUCAAACGCUGCUAGUUUUAAUUGUUAGAUGCGUUAGUCGUACUUGGAUAACUUGUGAUCAUGCCUCAGGGUUCAACUUACUGCACUGCACUCACUUGCCACUUAGUUUGUAUUUAGUGGAUUUUGCUGCAGUGAAGCCUCAGUAUAGUGAACCUCAACUUGCGUAAACUACAUAUGCAUGAUAUAUAAACACUUUGUUUUUCCUUUUUUUCUUUUCCUGGUUCGAAUUCACCUGAACACUGUGUGCCCUUUUCCGCAUUUUAGUGAGCUGAUCUUGUUUUGCAGUUUCGAUUUAAUGAUGUCUGUCCUAUUCACUUGCACGUACGAGCACCCACAAAAGUUUAUGAGACACGGGAUUUGUGAAAAAACUGAAUUCCCAUGUUGCCUGGGCUCAUAGCCUCAAAUUUAAAGUUUCGACGCGAGUCCUUGCGAUUUAAACAGUGAUUCAUUAAAGGAAUGCCAUGCAUUAACAGUGGUACAGUAGCUAGCUGGGCGGGUCGGUACAUCUGCAUUAUUACUUACAGUUCGAACAAAUCAAACACGGACAAAGAAGAGGAAUGUAACACAGGCACUCGUGUUAUGUCUCUCUUCUUUUUCCAUGUUUGAUUUGUUCACGCUGUAAGUAAUAAUGCCUUAACAAAGCAGAGGUUCACAGGUAUCAUGGAACCCAUGUCCCGUAUACAUUUGUGGCCGGCUGUACCUAGAGCUUUCGUGACGAAUGCAAGGAGGGCACCAUUCGGCAGUGAACCCAUCAUUUGUGUGCAUUCUCUUGCAAGGAAAUAUUGCCAGUGAACUAAUUUUUACUGCUUAAACAUAGAGACUUCAACUUAAUGAAAUUUGGAAAUAUUAACGAAGUUCUUCACUGUUAGUACAAUUUUUUAUGUUGAGGUUGGGUCGUGUGCUCGUAUGAGGUGUUCAACGUUGAGGUGGUACGUAAUCGUUGAGCAUUGCUUGUAGCGUGUGUCUGCAUCUAAUCUUUGAGAUUGCUUCAUCGUGAAGUGCGAUCAUACAUUCAUUAUUUUAAACUUCAUAUAGCCUCAAAAUAUACUGGUGCAAGCCAGUAAGCUCUGACGAUGGGAGCUACUUCCUGUUAUGAGUUUUUUGGCAGCUCCUAACUAAAGAAUGGGCAGUGGUUUAUGCAUUUAUAACCUCGUAAAAGGAGUCCUUAUUGAUAUUUCUGGAUCAUUAACAGUGAUCUACACUACACUUGGGUUUAAUGGUACAAUGCUUGUAUUGCAAUUAGUAGUUCAAAGUAUAAAACAAUAAGAAAGGUCACUUAAUGGGCGUAUACAUGACAGCAAAAGUAUUCUGAACAAAUAACAAAAUACAUGACUUCCUCGUGACUGCAUCACACAACUUGAAAUUAAGGUGAACAAUGCAGUUGUUGUAUGGGGAAGUAUUCACUUCAAUUUUUCAUUUGACAGUCAAUAUGUUUUCAGCAAAGAAAGCUAGUUUAUUCGCAGGUGUCGUGCCCCAAUGAUUUUUCGAUUGGGGAUACGUUUUUCAUGUAUCAAGGCGAUGUCAAUGACGCAUCACAUUAUACAUGUAAUGUGGCGUUACACGACAAAAGGAACAUUUUUUUAACUGCUUGCUUGAGAUGGCUUUGAUGUCCAAAUGAAGUUCUUGCACAGUGUUGCUUUGAAGGCAGCUAUCGCAGUAAAUUUUGUUUCAGAACAAAAGGAAAUAGUCUUGUUUGCGUCGCAGUGAUGAUUAGAGAGUUUUAGCAUGUCACGAUCGCUGCCACUUUGUAUACCUACUAGAUCUGCUUGUGUUAACUAAGAUGUGGCUAGCGUACAGCGUGCGAAAAGAUCUCUAUUCCAAGGUCAUGGAUGCCGAUAGUCAAUUCAUCCUGUAUACAUUGUUUUUUUUUCUUCUUCAAAUUGCUGAAAGAACUCCCAACCCUGCACAUUAGAUCUGUGCAUAAACGGUUGAUCCUCAAUUUAAUUAACGCAGAUAUAAUGAAUUCUUUUAUAUAACGAAGUAACUUUUCUUGUUGAUAGCAGCUUAUAAUGAAUGUUGAAUAUAACAAGUAUUUUCAUGUUAAAUGUGACUUUGUUACAACAUUGUUUAACAGUAAUUAUGCAGCUAACACUGGAUGCCAGCUCAAGGGUGACUUCCAAUGCCUUGUGGUAUUUAGUUGAAAUUAGGUUUCAAGCAGUUUCGGAAGUCUGUUGCCAAGAACUGGCUUUCUAGUCAUCUUCUAUGGUGCUCAGUUUGCUAAGCUUUAACUGCUUAAUUUGUUUUGGGUGUCUCGUAUCUUUUUCUUCUUCUUUCCAGAAUAUAUGUUUUAACUUUUUCUUGCUCAGAGUCUUGUGCUUUUAAGUGUCUUUUUUGGUGGUUACGUUAUGCAAGUUCUGUUGCUGUUGUUUUGCUACUCUUUGCAUAGUUGAACAAACAUUCUUGGAACGCUUUAGAAUACAUUUUAAUGCUCGGAUUUACAUAUCGAAGGAGUGUUUCUGGUCAGAGCAUUUAUAGAAGUGGAAUUGAUUCCACAUAAGUGACUUCUUUAACACAUUGUUGAACAGAGAUGAUGGUCUUCUAAUAACAGUGGUGGGGACUGUAUGGGUGGAAGUAGCUUUCUUAUCGUGGUUUUGACAGCAGUAAAUCCACCCUUACUGACUCUGGCCAUGAAUGUUUCAUUUUUUAAUGUGUGUGUGUGUGAAUUAAGUGUACUGCUCAGAGACAUAUGUACAGUCCGAGUCGUGAUAACAAGAGAACUCCUGGUUGCAAUCUUGAAAGGUCGCCACUGAUGGCCGAGUUUGAGCACAAGCUGUCGACUUCUACCAGGUUAUUUCUCUAUUGACUAAUAAACUGAACACUACUUUGUUAAACUGAACACGAAAGGAAGAAAUACCACUGUAGGUUCUCUUUGAGCUGAAGAUAAAGGAACAUUGGAAAUAUGUCCAUGAUGCCAGACGUUCAUCCUGCGUCGAAUCAGUGGAAGACUAAAAGGUCCUGAACAGUUGAGCCUGCUGAACGAUACAGAGGGUACAGUUUUCCCAGAAGUUACACAAUCUCUGUAAAACAAACCUGCCACCUGUGGUCUCACCCCUGACACAGGGCUACUUAUUGUAGCAGAGGACAUCCUAAAGGGUGAUUUUUAAUGUGCUGAGGGACACUGUGCUGUACGGUAAUACCAAUAACAGUUUGUUUACCUUGUGUGUGAUGACAGCGUGCCAAUAACUGUAUCAUUUGCAUAUUGUGUUUGCAUCAACACAUGCCAUUGUAUUCAAGGGACAUUGUUAACGUUUCAAUGCCUGAAGUGUCUGGACGUUGCCAAACUAUGCACAAGAUUGAGAAACAGAAUGGUGAAACUCGCAAAAAUCGAUUGCCCAUAUUUUCUUGUUAACAGUGCCACUGCUUACACGUGUUGUUUUUGCGUAGUUGUUUCUCUGUAUUUAGGUUUGCCUGAGGGGGCUCUGUGUUAUUUGUUAUGGUCGGUAGUCUUAGGAAAGAUGUAGAAAGAAUAGUAAUUUGUCUACAAAAGCAGCACCGUUGUAAACUUAAUGCUUCACUGUAGUACUACUUAGCCAAUAUAGUUAGACGCACAUUUGCUUUGGCUAACAUGCACGCUAUCGAAUUAGCUUAUCUUUUCAGUCGUUUUUCACUCUGGCUGAACAACUCAGUGAUAGGUUAUUUAAAGACCGAUCAUUUAUUCUGAAGGAUGCCUAUUUAGACACAAACCAAACUGCCAAGAAGUGUUGCCAAAGCAGAACAGUGCAAUAUUGUAUUUAUACAGGUAGCUAUUCACUUUGGCAAUUUUAAUAAUACAAAGUGCGCAGUUUUCCAAGAAGUUACAUGAUCUCCAUAAAACAAACGUGCCACUUGUGGUCUCGCCCCUGACACAGGACUACUUAUUGUAGGAUGCAAUUGUUCCUGCAGCAUGUAUCUAUAUCUGUGAUAACCGAGAACAAUUCCAGCUGUUAAAGAACCUAGAAAAAGUGUUUCUUUAUUAAAUUUAAAAGACAUUUGUUUACCGAGUUUUAGAGGUUUUUUGUGUCUGUUGUGUUUGUGGCCUUGUUGUAAGCUUGGCGUUUUGUGACACACAACAUAUAGAGGUUUAAUAAAUAGCUUUUGUUAAACUUG